CUGGUGCGCCUGCUCCGCGGUCUACCACGCCAGCUGGACGGUACGGCAGUACCCGCAGCACUGGUACAUGCGGCCGGACAUGGUGGGCGCGGAUUCGGACCCCGGGCGGCCGGUGCAAACGGGCACCAUCAGCUUCUUCGCCGGGCUGCUGCUGUACAGCUUCCUCAUCCCCAUCUCCCUCUACGUCUCCAUGGAGCUGGUGAAGCUCUUCCAGUCCCGCAUCCUCAUCGCAAACGACCGCGACAUGUACCACGCUGAGACGGACACGCCCGCGCUGGCCCGCACCUCCAACCUGAACGAGGAGCUCGGCAUGGUGAACACGAUCCUGUCCGAUAAGACCGGGACUCUAACGCGCAAUGUAAUGGAGUUCUUCAAGUGCUCCAUCGCGGGCGUGGCCUACGGCGCUGGUAUCACGGAGAUUGAGAAAGCCAACGCGCUAAGGAAGGGUGUGGUGCUGGACGAGCGCGAGCGCCCCGAGGCUACCAAGUGCCGCGAGCGCUUCUUUAACUUCUAUGACGACCGCCUGAUGGGAGACGCGUGGUACAGCGCGCAUGACCCUGCCACCGUCGAGAUGUUCUUCCGGCUGCUGGCCGUGUGCCACACCGUCAUCCCAGAUGGCCCUCCGGAACCGGCCACCAUCAAGUACGAGGCUGAGUCACCUGAUGAGGCUGCGCUGGUGGUAGCUGCCAAGGCGUUUGGCUUCUUCUUCUUCAAGCGCACCAACACCACCGUGACGGUACGUGAGCGCACGGCGCGGGGCGAAGCGGAUGUGGAGUACGAGGUGCUCAACAUCCUCGAAUUCAACUCUACCCGCAAGCGCAUGAGCGUGGUCAUCAAGGACAAGGCGACGGACAAGAUCCUGAUCUUCACCAAGGGUGCCGACACGGUGAUCUACGAGCGGCUGGACCCGGGGUAUGGGCCCAAUGAGGCCAUGAAGGAAUCCACCACGCGCCACAUGGAGGAGUUCGGAUCGGCCGGGCUGCGCACGCUGUGCCUGUCGUAUGCUGAGGUGGAUCCCGAAUGGUACAACAGGGAGUGGCUGCCCGAGUGGGUGGCGGCCAAGACGUCCCUGGACAAGCGCGAUGAGAAGGUGAUGGACGUGAGCGAGAAGAUUGAGCGCAACCUGCGGCUGCUGGGUUGCACUGCGAUCGAGGACAAGCUGCAGGAG